AUGUCCGACGACGCGCUCGCGCGACGGCCGGGCGGCGGCGGAUCGCGACGCGACGCGCCGCAUCGAUCCAUCGCGGACGACUUCGACGACUCCACCACGGACGAGGACGAGGAGAGGGUGGAGCGCGCGGGCCCGCGCGGGUGGGCGGACGAGGGCGAGGGCGAGGGCGAGGGCGAGGGCGAGGGCGAGCCGCCGCGAAGGCGCGCGGGCGGCGCGGCGGGCGCGGCGGCGUCGGACGACGACGACGACGACGCGCCGGCGCCGCCGCCGAAGCCGAGGACGGCGCAGUGGACCGUGCACGACGAGAGCGACGAUCCCGCGCGGCGCGCGAGCGGCGCGGGCGGGAUCGCCGCGGACUUCGACGAGCCGUCGCCGACGAAACCGAGAUGGAGCGAGGACGCGCGCGGCGGCGGCGACGAUGCGAACGCGAACGCGAGCGCGAACGCGAACGCGCGCGCGCGCCGCGCGGCGGCGGCGACGACGUACGACGACGACGAGGUCUCGUCGUCGGAGGACGAGGGAAGAGACGGUCGGCUGUCCUACGCGCCGCGAUAUAACCCGAACCGCGCGCGCGGGAGGGUCCAAACGAAAGAGGAGCUCGACGCCGCGGCGCCGAAGCGCGCGCACGACCUCGGACGACGCGGCGUCGACGGCGGCGUGACGUUCGAAGACGACGGCAUCGACCUCUCCGUCUUGACGUCGCGGUUGUUAACCCGGGAGGAGUGCGAGGAGGAUUUCAACGAGGUGUGGACCGCGGACUCGCUCUGGGAGGAGCUCAUGCCGGUGCUUCAGAAGCACGAGGACGAGGAGCGCGCGAGGAAAGCCGCGGCCAAGGCGAAGGAGACGGCGAAGAAGUAG